AUGAUAAAUAUCAAUUACUGGAACCUACCAACCAGAAACCGAUAUGAACCUCUUAGACAACGGAAAAAAAUUGAGACAGAGAGAACACCAGAUGAGACACCUAAUGAAUCAGGAACAUCAGGGGAUUUUUUAGGAAUAGACAGGAGACCAAACACAAGAUUUAAGGGGGAAAAAGAAACAGAGGAGCUAGAGGAGGAAAAUCUUGAAAGGGAGAAACGAAAGAGGUUUGCAUCAGCGUGUGAUGAUGGUUCUGUUUAUAUAUGGGAUGUUAAGACAGGAGAGGUUCUGUUUGAACUACAAGGACAUAAACAAAAAAUCACUGCAGUCGUCGUAUUUAAAACAUCUGAACAUUUUGAAGAAAGAAUUGAUUUUAUCUUGACUGCUUCAGCUGACAAAACAGUCAUUGCCUGGAACUGUGAAACUGGACAACAAAUCCAAACAGCAACCGACUUUCAAUCUCCUGUGAAGACACUGACUGUCCUCCAGAGAUUGGAUGUAUGGUUAUCUGGUGGGGGUGAACUGCGCGUUUGGAAUCGGGAGUUCAAGCUCUUGUGUGAGACAGGCUACUUUAUGGAUAGAGGCAUCAGCGCAUUGAUUGAAUUGCCUAAGAAUUGUGUUGCUGCAGCAGUUGGAAAAGAUUUGAGUAUAUCGCAGCCAAAAUCAGAUCACUAAUUUUCAACAAGUUACAGACAACUCUCCCUUGUGCAUUCAACACUCCCAUUAUAUAAUCAUUGAUGACAUCAUGUGGGUGGCACUACGGGAGCUGACCUUCCCAUUGGUUAUCUGGGAAGUCUAAAUCGGAUUGGCCCUUGGAAAUUUCAUUUUUAACAGCCAGAAAGAACCUUCUGGCUGUAGUUCUCGCAACAUAACACCAGGUGGCAGCAUACAGUACAACAUAGCAAUACAAUACAGCAUUUCUGACAUUUUUAAGCAAGUUAAUUUUUUUUUUAUAAAAUGGUUAUUUAAUCAGAUCACACUCUCUGCAUUAAUCAUAUAUAACCCCAAUUACAGAUGGUUAAUAUUAGGUUAUUUUUUCUGAUUAUUCUGAUACCAAAUAUGUUAUAUUAUUAACAUUUUAUUAUAUUAAGGUAAUUUAACACUGCUAAUUAUUAGCUUAAAAUGCAUUACAAUGUUAUCGGUAUCCUGGCAUUUAUAUGUGAAUAAUAGCUUAUUUUUAAUUCAGUAUUGUACUGUAUUCCAAGUGAAUCCUGUCUAUGUAGAUCUGAAAUAAAAAUAAAUGUUAAUAAUCA